AUGUUUUCUUCCAUGCUGCUUCUGAGUGUCUUUGGGUUGCUCACCCAAGUGGACAUGCUUCCAGUUAAGAACUCAACUGCUACACAUGAUGGCAAAUUCAGGAUGAGAAGGGAAUACUCAGAUGAACUCUCAGACUUUGAUGAAGUAACUGCAAUGGAUCAAAUCCUGGAAGUCAAUAGCAGACUACGUUCCCCCAGAGGAGUGUCAAUCAGAGAUGGAGACAUUGCAUAUUCUUACGUACGCAGUGCUGUAAAUUGCCCUGGAAAUACUUGUCUGUGGCCAAAAUCAGUUGAUGGAUUUGUUUAUGUACCGUACAUCGUCUCUCCACUUUAUGAUGACAUGGACAGAAUCACUAUAGAAACUGGGAUGCAGGAUAUUGCCUCUGGAACUUGCAUUAAAUUUGUUCCCCGUACACAUGAGGCUCACUUCCUUGAUAUUCAGCCCAGAUAUGGAUGCUGGUCAUUUCUGGGGCAGACUGGAGGAAGUCAGACCUUGUCUCUACAGACUCCUGGGUGCAUGUGGUCAGGAAUUGCUGCUCACGAGUUCAUGCAUGCCCUUGGCUUUGUACAUGAGCAAUCUCGUUCAGAUAGGGACCACUAUGUCACAAUUGUAUGGAAAAACAUCAUGCCAGAUCAUGCACAUAAUUUCAGGAAACAGGCAACAAACAAUCUGAACAGCCCAUACGACUACAGCUCAGUUAUGCAUUACGGACGGUAUGCCUUCUCUGGGGAUGGUGGGCCAACAAUUAUCCCCAGACCAGAUCCUUACAUUCCUAUUGGCCAACGAGAUGGACCUAGUGCUCUAGAUCUGCAUAAAAUAAAUGUUCUGUAUGACUGUGGUGCUAACGAGUGAAUGACUUCACUCGGU